AUGAACUACGACCAGCAGCACCAAGCCGCCGGUGGCUACCACCACAUGGCUCCCAAUCCCUACGGCCAUCAACUUCCUCCACCUUCGCAACAUCACCCAUCUGCUCCUCAACACCAUCCUCAUCCUCCGAGUCAAAUGCCACAGCUCCCUCCCAUGUCCUAUCCACCACCGGCACCAUUGCCUUCCAACAUGGCUGGCAACGGCAUCCCUCCUCAGCAUCUUCCAUCCGCCCCUGGUGCUCCUGGAGCUGCGGCUCCCCCCGCUCAGAAGACUGGCCCUUUGCCUGAGAUCUCCAAGACCGACGACCAGGGCAGGCAAUACAGGCUUGAUGUUGUACAGCAGCCCCAGCGAGCGCGCAUGUGCGGAUUCGGUGACAAGGACCGCCGGCCCAUCACCCCUCCCCCUUGUAUUCGAGUCGUAGUUUUCGACCCUGUCACCAAACAAGAAAUUCAUGUCAACGAAGUUGACCAUGCCCACUUCAUCAUCAACGUUGACUUGUGGUCAGAAGAUGGCCAGCAGGAAGUGAACCUGGUCAGGCACUCAUCGACCACGGCUUCCAUAUCUACUACCAUUCCGCACUCCUUCACGGGACUGAGAGAUGAUAUCCAACCCAUCCAGCCCUAUGCCCAGAUUAUGCCCUCCUAUGGCGCCCCUUCCAUGGGUUAUGGCCAGCAGCAACCUCCGGCGCCGGGCCAACCGCCCAUGGUGCCAGGUUACACUGGUUAUCAACGUGAGUUACUCGAUCAUUGCCAGUUCGUUUAUAUGGCUGAAUGGCUAACAACGCGACAAGCUCCCCCAACGGGAUACCAAUCUACAAAUGCCGCAUUCGCGCCCCCAACCCAGUACUACCCGCAGCAUGCGUCAGCCACUGUGCCGUCACAGGCAGACAUGGCCUACGGCCACCGUCAGUCCAUGUCUAUGGCCUCGAGCCAGCCCCAGGGCAUGUUCACUCGCAAUCUGAUUGGCAGUCUUGCGUCGAGCGCUUUCCGUCUCAACGACACUAACGAUAACGUCGGGAUCUGGUUUAUUAUGCAGGAUUUGAGUGUCAGGACCGAGGGUCACUUCCGGUUGCGUUUCUCGUUUGUCAGUGUUGCCAAGCGCCCCGGUCAGCCGUCCGCCCAAGGCUCGAUGGUCAAUAUGGGCAAGUCACCCGUUCUGGCCCAGUGCUUCAGCGACGUAUUUCAAGUCUAUUCUGCGAAGAAGUUCCCCGGAGUUUGCGAGAGCACAGCUCUCAGCAAGUGCUUCGCUCAGCAGGGUAUCAAGAUCCCCAUAAGGAAAGAUGGGCCUUCGGACAGCAAGAAGGGCAAUGAUGACGAGGAAGAUUUCUAG